CUCAGCGGCCGCGUUCGCCGGUUGGAUGGUGCCGCGAGGAUUAACCCUCGGCCGUACGACGACUCGGGAGCCGGAGCCGGAGCAGCUACGCUUUUACGACUCUCCGCCGCCGCCGCCACGGAUGGACGCGAGCGUGUGCUGUCUGCCCGCCGGUGCCGGCACGGGAGCGCAGCAUCCUCAUCCGGCGGCUCUUCAGGGUUUGCCGUCCGCCGGACACACGCCGACGAUACAGCCGCCGUAUCCACCGUACACGUCCGCGGAUCAGAUAGUGCCCGACCGGGCCCAGCCCGACGGCCUCCUCGGAUGCAGCGCGCAGGACGGCUGGCAGCAGAUCUCCUCGACGACGUCCACCGUCGCCGGGGCCGUCACCGCCACCACCACCGCGUACAUCGACUACUCGUGGCUGCAGAUGCAGACGUCGGACCUGGACACUUUGCUGUGCAGGCAGGAUCUCGACCGUCUACAGAAGCUGGACGAGGAUGAGUCGGAGAGGGAGGCGCGUGAGCAGUCGGUGCACAUGGAGGACUUCUUCGAGGUCGGCGGGCCGGUGUGCAGCCGGCCGCAGGCGAGCUUCGUCUCCGCCAGGAGUCAGCCGGCCGGCAACGACGACGACGUCUUCCUCAGACCGCCGCUCUGGGAGGACAUCACGUCGAGCAUUCAGAAGCUGGACCCGGAGAACGCGGACAUGCUCGGCUCGCAGCCGCACGUCAAGCUGGAAACGGACGACGUGACGCCGCCGCCGGUGCUGUCCCCGGUGGAGAUCAAGACGGAGCCGUUGCCGCCCCAGCCGACCCUGCACCUUCUCGAGGGGCCCGCCGCGAAUCCCGCCGCGCAGAGCGCCUUCCCGACCGGCCACCCCAACCCGCCGAGCGUCCAGCACGUGGUGCAUCAUCGGACGUCGACGACGCUCUUCAAGAGCUACCCCAACAAUAAUAACAAUAACAACAACAACAAUAACAACAAUAACAACAACAACAACAACAGCGGCAGCAACGCGAGCGUGAACGGCAGUAGUGCGAACGGGAACAGCAACGGCAGCGUCAACGACAAUGUCGGCAGCAACAACGGCGGCGGCAACAGUGAUUCGACGACGAGUCAUCACGGCGGCGGCGGCGGCCAUCAGGCGAGCGGCAACGCGACGUCGCCGCUCUACGGCUCGAUGACGAGGCUGAUGUAUAUUUCGCCGCUGACGCCACCGAUCUCCGACCCGGGCUCGCCUAUCGGCGCCGGUCCACCCAGGCGGACGCCGCCACCCCCGUAUCCGCAGCCGCCGAUCCUGAAUCCGGCCCACCGGAUCCAGCCGCCGUCGAUGGCGGCCAAGUUCAACAGGCGGAACAACCCGGAACUGGAGAAGCGCCGGGUGCACCACUGCGACUUCAUAGGUUGUACGAAAGUCUACACGAAGAGCUCGCACCUGAAGGCUCACCAGCGGAUACACACCGGCGAGAAACCGUAUCAGUGUCAAUGGGCGGAAUGCGAGUGGCGAUUCGCCAGGAGCGACGAAUUGACGCGGCACUACCGCAAACACACCGGGGCUAAGCCCUUUAAAUGCGCGGUCUGCGAGCGCUCCUUCGCCAGGAGUGAUCAUCUCGCGCUGCACAUGAAGCGACACCUCCCGAAGCAGCACACCAAGUGAGGAGAGUGAAAGACGGGAAGAAAGAGAGAGAGAGAGAGAGAGAGCGCUCUCCUCUAUGUGUCCCGUUCGUUCGUCCUUAACUACCUGCGUUGGACGUCUUGUCUUCGUCAUUCAGCUUCGAGGCGCGGUACUUACCGACGGAGAUCCGUCAGUUUGGAGAACACACCGAGAAUGCCCGGAUAAUGGAAUUACUAAAGUAACUCCCUUAAAAAGUAAUGAUGAUAAUAAUAAUACUCGACGAUUAAAUCGUUGGACAAUUUCGUCGAGUGAUCGCCACGACGGAGAAUCGAAGUGAUUGUUUCUCCCUCUUUCUCUCUCGGGGUAUAAUUUCGAAAGAAGGUACGAAUGAAAGGUUUCUUGGAAGGUUCGGGGAAGGAGAAACGGAAGAGAAUAGGACUCUCAGAUGUAUAGGUCGAGGAAUAAUAUAAGACGAGCCGAUUAGAGCCAAGAAAAUAUUUUUUCACAAUUGUUUAUUUCCUUUCAUUACUUGACUAGUGACACACCAGGUGUAAUUUUCGUUGAUUAAACAUGAUUAAAUGUUCUUUAGGAUUCGAGGAGCAAAGAGGAACGCGAGAAAUUUCACUUCACUUUCGCUUCGAUCCCAGUUGUCGAAAAUGACGGACGUCUCGGACGUUCCCGGGGUGAACAACGGAAGCUCGAGAAAGACAGAGGUCACGUCAGGUUCAUUUCUGCUCGCGUUCGAAUUCGCUUCCUCGAUAUUCCCGGCGAUUUUCCCGGCGUGUAAGAUUUCGUUCGAGUUUCCGGUCGGACUCGCGAUCAUCGAUCGGUCCCGAUUUAUCGGCACGAUGUAUUAGCGGGGAGCAUCGAUCAAGCGAACAACACCGUCUUUACUCGAUGGCUUCGGUUACGCUCACCGUCAGCGUUAAGCGGUUAUGAUGAAACACAUCCUCGGUGUGGGUGGUGCUCCGCGAGGAAAUAUUUCGUCAUACACGCGCUAUACGCUCACGGACGAUCGCGAGGCAGAGAGAAAGAGAGAGAGAGGGAUUACGAUCUCCGUUCAAUAAGUAUCGUUCGUACUUCACGUCCAGAGAUGGAUCCGAGCCGUCGGGUCGACGGGAGAAGUGAAGCUAAUACUCGUGGAAACGUGGAGCGUGGUAUCGUUCGUUUCAAAAUUUCGCAUCAGCAGUCUCCCGCUUUUCCGCUGAAAUAUCUUCCCGCGACAGGGGGGAAAAAAGGUCUCGUUCAGAUUUAGCAUUUCUAUUUAUUUGAACUAAAAACAAUUACUGUUUUCGUAGAGACAACACAUAUACGAGGUAUUAUUUGUUUGAGUUGAAAAAUUUAUUAUUGUCUCAUUCGAGAGAACUCGAUUAUUUGACGAAGAAAGAACGCUAUUAUUUGACAUAAUAUCUCUCAACUGAAUAGAGUAUCAUUUUGAUUACGACGAAUAUGUGAGAUGAAGCAAAUAAUUUCUUUGCGAAGAAAAUUACUUUUCGUUUCGAAU